CAGGAUCAAUUUCGCAUUAUACAAACAGGAAAGACGUAAGCCGCACACAUUCUUAACGAUUCGUCCUCAUCCUGUCUUUUCUGUUUAUGUCGCGAUGCUUAUACAAGUUUAUGAAGUUAAAAUUUGGGCAUUCUGCGAAUCUCAGGUCUUUUCUGUUUGUUCUGCCCCUAAAUAUACAUUAUAUUCAUACUUAGUGCAUUCAUUCGCAGAGCAAUACACGAAAAAACAGAUGGCGCUGUGAUAAAGUAUACUAUAGUAUACACACAUAAUAUAUUUACUUUAACAUUUUUUAAUCGUAGCGGAAGUUGGCUGGAGCUAUUUUUAUAUUUAUAGCGCAAUCUUUGCAAAUGUUUAAAUGUUGAUGAAUUCUCAAGGUACGACUUACCUGAAUUAAAUGAAGUCAGCGCCAUCUGUGCUUGCUACAUGAUAAAACUAUGUUUAAACGCAGUUUGGCAUUCGCUUGGAAGCGUUAUUCAAGUACAAGUUUUACAAUAGAAAAUAUGAAAUAAUGUACGUAUUUAAAGACACACUAUUUUUUUUUUAACUUAACUACCACUUACUUUCACCCAUUGUUGUAAGUUGUGAUUUGUGCAUUUUAUUACAGUGGGCGUAAGUAUUAUAGGAUGAAAUAAAACACAAGACAUUUUCACAUUUAAUACAUCAACAUCAAAAAUAUUUUCUAAAAACCUUACGUUAACUAUGUCUAAACUCCAACAACAAUUUAGUAAAACGGAACGCAACAAAACGCGCUGGUGAUAAUGAAGUAAAUACUAAAAGCAACUCUAUGUUGUAGAGCAAAGGUUUACACUGCCAACACGAAUUAUGGCCUUCGAAAACAUAAAAAAAAUGCUAAAGCUAUGAUGCAGAUUAUACGUAAAAGGUUAUUUUAUAAUGUUAGCAAUAAUUUUAUCGUGUAGACAGAUAAUUUCCGGUCAAAACUAAUACUUGAAGGUUAAUGCAACCAAAACUUUACCCGUAAAUGGAUUUUACGAAGUUCUUAAGUAACUAUUUUGAGUUCAUGUAAGUUAGUAAAGUUUUGUUCAACUUGUGAUUAACUUGUGUUUUGUGUUGUAACAACUUUAAAACUUUAAAAUAUUGUUCGUUACAUGCUCCCGAGUGUUUAAUUGUCGUGAAUUACAAUAACAUUUGCAUAAACACAUGUUAAGUUGUUAGUGAUAUUACAUGACGUAAUUGCGGCAAAUUCAAGUGUUGUAACAAAAGUUAAUUCUCUACUAUGACUCAUGGUCGGGAUAACAAUGAUUUCUGUUGUUCUAACAUGAACUUGUGUUAUUAUUACUUCACAUAUUUGUUGCAAGAUGUGACCUUAUCUGUUCUAUGAUACUCCACCAGGUGCGAUACCCGAAAAUAUAUUUCAAAACCAAACGAAAGUAAAUCCAACGAAAUCUGCAAAUAACAAGAAAACCUGAAGGCUCGUGAAAAUGUCAGAAAACAAUAAAAAACGUGCUGGUAGCUUUCGGAAACUGUUUCCAAAUCUAUUCUUUUCUCAUAAGUCGAAAGACAAAAAUGCUAAUAAAGAAACUCAGUCUAAUACGAAAAGUAGUACAGAAUCUUCUAAAGGCAAUCAGUAUCAUAAUCCGCGCUCGAUAAGAUCAGAUAAAGGUGCACCGGAAUCAGGAGAUAGCGAGCGAAUAUAUGAAAAUUUAACAACACGGCGUCCUCAAAAUGAUAAUGAAACGUUAAGCAAUGAAAUAUCGAGCCACCACUCGUCUAGCAGUACACUUGUAUCGGAGAGUACGAAAAACAAAUCGAUCGAUACUAACGAAGCCUCUGAAGCUGAAAGUAUAGCAUAUACUAAUUACGCAGCCAGGCCACAAGUACCACCUAAGCCGUACAACGAAAUGUCACAUUCUCCACACACGUCGAGUCGAAAUAAUCAAUUAAACGAUUUUGAUAAAACACAAUAUCCUGACGUUUACUAUCAUUCAUUGGAGAAACUGAAUGAUAAAAUAUCACCGCUCGAUGAAAUUGAAAUUUAUAGAGCGUCACAAGCGCAGGCUAAUCCGGCGUCAGUUGGUGCUGAAAUCAAACGUGUGAGUACUAAAUUCUUAAUUUCUCCUAAAAAAGAAGCAGAGGUACGCACCAUUCAACCGACGAGAGCUCGUAGUUUGUCCUUCGACAAUAACAAAGCGAGAGAGGAUGAAGAGAACAAAAAGGUUCGUUAUUACAACAAGAGAGAAGAAAAUAUUAGGAAACCUUACAACUAUUCCGCUCCCACUUCACCAAUGCCAAUUAGCCACAAAAUACCAAACAUGCCGAAAACAGUGUCACCAUAUGAGCACGUUAGAAAAACAAUGAUAGAGACUGAGGAAAAACGCAAUUCAUUGAGCAGAAGUAGUCUACGUAACAAAUCUACGCCGUCACCGAGAGCCGACUACAGUCAACGAUUAACUCCUACUCCUCAGGAUAAUUCGAAGCAGGAUUCUAAAGACAAAGAAAAAACCAGGCAGAAAGUUGAAGCGUUUUACUGGCAAAAACUGAAAGAACUAAAACAGAAGGAAGACGAAUAUCUGAUCAAACAGUCUUUGAAUUCUUCUCUAUCAAGUCCUGUACGCCUGAAACCUGCUUAUAACUCAAACUGCAGUUCUCCUAAUUCUUUCUCCUACAGGAUGGAUUCUAGGAGUGGCAGUUUACCUCGCGGUCAGGAUUUAAAAUCUUCUAUGAAUCAGCCAAUUUACGCUUCAGGUCCAUUCGCUCGAGGCGCACCCGAACGACGAACAGACACAUUUAUUAAGAGACGGAUUAUAGUUGAUGAUCCAGAAAUAAUUUAUCGUCAUCCAGAAAAACUGAUUUCGAGGACCGCUUCUCCUGACUUGCAUGAUCUUAAGUUAAGAAACUAUUACCGGGGUACUAUACCUCAACAAAAUAGUGGUAUAGGGAUGUCAAAACGCGUUAGUUUCGAAGAAAAGUACGGAAAAACUUCUAACAGUGUUUUAUUAAGUGCUCGUGAAUUAAAAGUCAAUGAGAACAAAAUGCAAAACAGGCAGACCGAGUUAAAUGUGAACCCUCAUAAAGUCAGUGAAUUACAAUCGCGAGUGCCUCCCCGACCUCCUGUCCGAACCACAAGUGUCGGUGGAACUGGGAAAAAUAUCAAACUUGGAAAUAAUAAGAAGAUUAUUCAUUUUCCCGGCGCUGUUCAUUCGCUUUGCUCAGAGUCGGAGAGUGGAUCGGAAGCCGGUGAAAUACAGAGGAUAUUGAAAACCAACGCCCAGAAAGAAGAAGACUGGCACUGCGAUGGAUCACGUAUGGAUGGAGGGUUAUCAGACGGAGAAGCGAGCCGAGGUUCGUCGCGCGGGCGCAGCUCCCGGCGCGACGAUCCGCGUCGCCACACGCUCGCCGGCAAUCACCUGUAUGUCCACCCUCACCACCCCAGCCAGAUCAGCAUUGAUAUGGAGCCAUACGGUCCAGCGCGCGUGCCUAUGAAUACUCCCGAGUAUGCCACCAUCAACAAGGCUCGCGAUCAGAAACCCACCAGAAUCCUUGAUCCGAGAAUGAAGAAGCCUCCCUUGCCCCGCUACCCGCCGCCCUCAAACAACUUGCUGUUCGACGAUGACCCGGGCAUCAUGUCCGAGGUCGAGACCGCCUCGACUGGCUUCAGGCGAGGCGGCAAGCAGCGCUCUUCGCUGCCAGUGGUGCGCACGCCUAGCAAGACCUUGGAGAGGCCGCUGGGCCUGGUGUUUUUGCAGUACCGGAACGAAACGAAGCGAGCAUUGUUACCCAACGAAAUCACCGCUAUAGACACAGUGAAGGCACUAUUUGUAAGGAGUUUUCCCAAGCAACUAACAAUGCAGUAUAUGGACAGUCCUAUGGUCAAAAUAUAUAUUCACGACUCUUCAAAAGAUAUGUUCUACGAACUCGAAGAUGACAGGGCUCAUCUCCGGGACAUACGAGACCGUUCUGUCCUUCGUCUGUUCGAGGCGACGGACAUCGGCGGCGGCGCCUUCCCCGGCGCUGUGGGCGUCGGCUCCGUCGCCAUGCCAGCUGGAGCUGCCUCUUGUUCCGGACCAUCCAGCUGGGAUCAGGACCAGAGUUACUUCAGCGAGCCCGAGAUAGACUCGGAGUACCAUCACCAGCACGUGCACAAGUCCAAGGUGAAAGCCCCUGCUUACUACAUCGGAGGUCAGGCUCCGAGCACCCUGCCUCGCGGUGGUAGCAUUCUCCGUGCAUUCUCGCCCGCCGCUCCGCCAGUGCCCGCCGACCGCGUCAAGCCGCACCCCGCCUCAGGUCAUGCCGAAGGUUACAUGUCGUCCCCGGAGCGCGGAGCAGCCAGGGCCCCUUACGAAGAUCCUUACUAUACCCAGUAUCUGGGACCCGGUGGCGCAAGGCAGAACCUUGGUUCCUCGAUCGACGAGGAGGCCAGCGAUGGCGUGAUGAUUGAUGAGGCGUACCAGAUGUAUGGGGUGAAUGCCAUCACCACUGCUCCUCGCCCCAUGCCUCGCCCGGCUUACGAUGCCAGGCCCCAAGUGGAUGAUAUGCAACGCCUCCGUGUUGAGAAGAUGGAACGGCAACUUGCCAAUUUGACGGGGCUCGUGCAGAAAGCUUUGCAGGUCCCGAGCCAGCCACCGGCUCCGGCUGUCGCUCCGCGCCAGGAGUACCAGACUUACCAAGCUCGGCCUCCGGCACAGGAUGCGGCGCGUUUUACCAGCAACGAGAGACCUCCUAAGUUAGGGAGAGAUAAAUUUCAGAAAUCUGUCUCAUUUGAGAAAUCGGUAUCAUUUAGCGAUGACCCACCAGAUAUGAGCUCGCCUAAACAACACUCGCCGCAACACGCAGCCGAUACCAAACCAACCAAACCGGCAAUCAAAUCAUCAACUUUGCCGAGGACGUCGUCUCAAGAGCGAGACCGCCUCAAGCCUGCUCCUCCCCCGAAACCGGCCGGGCUCGUCGGCCAGCAACUGGCUCUGGUCCCUCAGAAGACCUACACUAUCAACGUUACUCCCGACUUCUUCAGCCAGCUGCGCGUGCUGCAGAAGCAGAGCCGUGAUUUGAGGAUUGAGACCCGCAAUCUGCGUCGCUCGACCCUCACUCACGCUAUUCAGAUGAGGCAGCUGAUGGCUGAAACCAUUGUCAAAAUUGGUGCCCUCGCUGCCAGCUUCUGCGAACUCGAUCCUGAUUCUCAACUUACUCGCGAAGAAGAGAUUUACCGCCAGGACAUGCUGCUCCUAGAGAAUGAUCUGUACGAGCUUGAAGCCACUGUGGAACGUCUUCGUGGUCAAGCCGCUAAUAGGGAGACUCGCGUCAACAUGGCCGAUAUUGAGCGCAUUGCCAUGGUGCUGUCGAAGAGCAGCAAGACUGUCGCUGACUGGAAGCUGAAGUUCCCGAUACUGCAGGAGACCAUGAAAGCCAAGCUGGCUGCUGAGAUGGAGAAGGUGGUGCGCAAGGAGAAGAUGCUGGAAGAAGAACCGGAGCGCCUCGAGCUAGCUCUGCGCCGCUGCAAGAAACUGACUGGAACUCUUGUAACUCUGAAACGUCUUGCUUGCGUUCAGGAACAGCGUCUGCCGCUGACCGACGGCCGCGUGUCGCCUGUCUCCUCCCAGAGCUCCACUUUCACCGCUGGACCGUCUUCUGAGGAGUGCGCUUCUGACAGCACUUGCCACAAUACUCAGGCCAACAAGGGCACCGGCGGCGUCGGGCGAGGCAGUGCGGGCCGGGGAGCGGACGUGCGGCCAGAAAACGCCCUCGAUGCACUACUAGACGAGCUGCAGACGUUCGCGAAGCCGGCGGAGCGGAGCGGCGCGCGCGGCGAGGGCCCGCUGCGGCGCCUGCACUCGUACCCCAGCGGCAGCGACACCGACGCCUCCCCGCCGGUGCGCGCGCGCGGCCAGCACCCGCCCAAGCCGCCCGUGCCCGAGCGCCACCCCGAGCUGCUGGCGCUGGCGGCGCGCCGCGCGCCCCCGCCCCCGCCGCCGCGCACCACCUCGCGCUCGCCGCUCGCUUCGCCAACCUCGCCCGCCUCCCCUCCUCGCGACCCCGACCCCAGCCUCCCACAUGCUUCCGAUCCCCCCUCCGACGAUGACAAGGCCUCGAACCGACAGACCCUACUCGAGCAGCGCCACCAGGAGCUCCUCAAGAAACAAAAGGCGCUGCAGGAGCAGUACGCCCGGCUCCAGAUGAUCCAGCGGAGCGGUCCCGCGCUGCCGCCCAACGCGCAGCUCGACCUCAAGAAGACCGGCAGCGAGUCCAACUUGCUGAGCAAGAUGAACCUGAACCUGGCGCCGGCCACCGUGACCGGCAGCAUGACGCACCUGGCCGGCGACGAGCGCCACGCCGCGGCCGGCGCGGACAACGCGGCCUCCCAGCCCGAAGCCGUGCCCACUACUAAUAAGGUUUACGAGACUGACAUACUGUGACCUUGUAAUCGAUGCUUCAUAUCUGUCUAAUUUGUAAUAUUGUUCGUAUCAUUUACAGUAAAGGCACUAAACAUCUCGUUACUCCCACAUUUGUAGUUGUAAGUAUUUUAUUGUAAUAGUAUUUUAAUAUGUUACAUUUAUAAUUGAGUAAGUUUAUUAAGUUUUUUUACUCGUUUGGUCAAUUUGACAUUGAGUUAGUCCCUUACAUGCGAACUCCAAACCCCGCACCAGCUCCCAACAAAUGACGAUAAAGCCAGUCUAACGGAAUCCGAUCUGCACUAACUUAAUACAUAUAAUUAUCUAAAUGUGUGUCAAAACAAAAACAAAAUUACAAAAAAAAAUCCCAUACCUACAUGUUAUCUUAUAGUCAGUAAUAUUGUAAUCAUUAGAAUGGAUGUCUUACCCUACAGUUGCCAUUUAGACUCAUGCCGUGUGUCUCUCUUGCCCUGCUGUCUGCUCCAUGAAGUUCCAGUGGUAGCGUUUUCUAAGUAUUAUAUCUACCUACUUAUUAGCCCAUUUAUGUGUAUAUAGAAUCACUUUUAGACAUAACUGUACCUCCUAACCUAGAUCCUAAACUUUCUUACUAUCUAUACCUACUUACCUACUAUAAUGAUUUACAACUAAGAUACUUUUUAAUACCUGCAGAGUGCCAAAAUUCUUUUCUAUCCGAACCUUGUAGUCACUUAACUUUGGAAGUAAGCAACGAUGUAUAGGAUUAUGUCGUCAUACGAGUCUUUACAUUAUUUGCUCUAAAUGCUUCCUCGAAGCGAGUUUCAUACAACGAACUGAAGUUGUUCUGCUGACAACUCACACAAGCAUAUUUCCUUCUUCUAUUAAAUUAUAAAUGAACUAUUUAAUAUUUUUGACGGCUCGUGAUCUAAAAUUAUUAUUUUCGGAAAAUAUUAAUCGACUGUGAUAAGAAAAAGUUACCUAAUUAAAAUGCAUAAGAAUUGAUUGCUAUAAACAAAUACAAACCGUCGCUACUAGGUAUCUUAUUGGACGUUUACGUUCUGUCAGCCUGACAAACCUCUACACUUUAGUAGCCCCGACUCUACAUAUUAUGUAACUCUAGAAUAUUUCUGGUUAUGUGUACUCGCAUUGUCUGUCCGUCAUUAAUAUUAACUAUAGUUAUUCAGACAUAAUUCACUAAUGCUAAAUUGUAAAUGUGGUCAAAUUGAUGAAAUAUUGAAAUAAACGAGUGAUAUUGUUGUAAAAAAUUAUUCGUUAAAAUAUCCUUAUUUUUAGACUCGAAAUAUAUCUACAUUAGAAAAAUGUAUCUUAUAGUCUAGAUCAUUAGUAAUACAUUACUAUGUAUAUGUUAAACCAACUAAAUGUUUGCGCUUUUCCAAUGUUCGUUGCAAAUCACACAAAUUACUAAGAAAAAUUCGAUUAUUCUGCACAAUUUGAGCACUUAGGACUUAAUUUAUGCAAAAAAAAAACAAUUUUAAAAGAGACUAAAUAAAAUAAAUUUAUUUCUGAUCUACUUUUAUUUUAUACAGUAUUGUUUUAUGCUUUUUUGAGCUUUACUCGAUGUCAUUUUAUGACAGCAUUAUCUACAUAGUAAAUGUGUACUUAGAUGAAUUAUAUUUUCACAUAAAAACUACAAAAAAAAUGUAUUAGUCGUGUUUCCUCCGUGUCGCUACAUGUUCGAUGGACCUACUCUCGUACAUUAAGGAAUUGUUUAUUGUUUUCCUGAUUUUACAUUCCUCUUAUUGUAUUUAUCUCCAAGAUUGUUCUUACCUACGUGUUGUUCAUUUCUAUAUGACGUAUGAUAUGUAUGUUUAUUUGUCUAAUUGUGCCAAACAGCGCUUUUUGUAUAUAUUUAUGUUUAUUUCUUUACUUUAUAAUGAUAUUAUUAUAGUAUUAAUAGUUAUUUGUAAUCGCGCAAGAAAAACGAAAAUAAUGUUUUCUAUAAGUAACUGUUUAUUAAUUUGGAAA